AUGAUCCGAAUCUUUCCGGAUUUCAGCGUGCAGGUGACGGCCGCGGCGGCCGGCGGGGCGGCCGCGGGGGUGCCGGCCGGCGCGGGCAUGGGGCGGGCUGGCGCCGCGGCCAACGGCACUCCGCAGAACGUCCAGGGCAUCACGUCCUACCAGCAGCGAAUAACUGCCCAGCAUCCUCUGCCCAACCAGUCAGAAUGUAGGAAAAUCUACAGAUAUGACGGAAUCUACUGUGAAUCUACCUACCAGAAUUUACAAGCAUUGAGGAAAGAGAAAUCCCGAGAUGCUGCACGCUCCCGCCGGGGAAAAGAAAACUUUGAGUUCUAUGAAUUGGCCAAGUUGUUGCCUCUGCCUGCAGCCAUCACCAGCCAGCUUGACAAGGCGUCCAUCAUCAGGCUUACAAUUAGCUACUUGAAAAUGAGGGACUUUGCUAAUCAGGGAGACCCCCCAUGGAACUUGCGGAUGGAAGGCCCUCCACCCAACACCUCAGUGAAAGGGAUACAAAUGUGGAAAUCUGAAAUCUGCAUGAGAAAGACACCAUGUGAAGGUGCACAACGAAGGAGAAGCCCCAGUGCACUAGCCAUUGAAGUAUUUGAAGCACAUUUGGGAAGUCACAUUUUGCAGUCACUGGAUGGCUUUGUAUUUGCACUAAAUCAAGAAGGAAAAUUUUUGUACAUAUCUGAAACAGUCUCCAUCUACCUAGGUCUCUCACAAGUGGAGCUGACAGGCAGCAGCGUCUUUGACUAUGUCCAUCCCGGGGACCACGUGGAGAUGGCCGAGCAGCUGGGCAUGAAACUUCCACCCGGACGGGGUCUCCUCUCACAGGGCACCACGGAGGAUGGAGCCAGCUCAGCAUCUUCCUCCUCUCAGUCAGAGACCCCUGAACCAGUGGAGUCCACCAGCCCCAGUCUGCUAACCACUGACAACACCCUUGAGCGUUCCUUUUUCAUCCGAAUGAAAUCUACGCUGACCAAACGUGGCGUGCACAUCAAAUCAUCAGGAUACAAGGUGAUUCACAUCACAGGACGGCUCCGCCUCAGAGUGUCGCUGUCCCAUGGGAGGACCGUCCCCAGCCAAAUCAUGGGUCUCGUGGUUGUGGCUCAUGCCUUGCCUCCCCCGACGAUCAAUGAAGUCAGAAUUGACUGCCAUAUGUUCGUCACUCGAGUAAAUAUGGACCUCAAUAUCAUUUACUGUGAAAAUAGGAUUAGUGAUUACAUGGAUCUGACCCCCGUGGACAUUGUGGGGAAGAGGUGCUACCAUUUCAUCCAUGCCGAGGACGUGGAGGGCAUCAGGCACAGCCACCUGGACUUGCUAAACAAGGGUCAGUGUGUGACGAAGUACUAUCGUUGGAUGCAGAAGAAUGGAGGAUAUAUCUGGAUACAGUCUAGUGCCACCAUAGCUAUUAAUGCCAAGAAUGCAAAUGAAAAGAAUAUCAUCUGGGUGAAUUAUCUGCUUAGCAAUCCUGAGUACAAGGACACCCCGAUGGAUAUAGCACAGCUCCCCCACCUGCCGGAGAAGACCUCAGAAUCCUCAGAGACCUCGGACUCCGAAUCUGACUCUAAAGACACCUCAGGUACUGCAGAGGACAAUGAGAACUCCAAGUCGGAUGAGAAAGGCAACCAGUCAGAGAACAGCGAAGACCCGGAGCCCGACCGGAAGAAGUCCGGCAACGCAUGCGACAACGACAUGAACUGCAACGAUGACGGCCACAGCUCCAGUAACCCCGACAGCCGAGACAGCGAUGACAGCUUCGAACACUCGGACUUUGAGAACCCCAAGGCGGCCGAGGACGGCUUCGGCGCUCUGGGCCCCAUGCACAUCAAGGUGGAGCGCUACGUGGAGAGCGAGUCGGACCUGCGGCUGCAGAACUGCGAGUCGCUCACGUCCGACAGCGCCAAGGACUCGGACAGCGCCGGCGAGGCGGGUGCGCAGGCAUCCAGCAAGCUCCAGAAGCGCAAGAAGAGGCGGAAACGGCAGAAGGGCGGCAGCACCAGCCGCAGACGCCUGUCCAGCGCCUCGAGCCCCGGCGGCCUGGAUGCCGCCGCCGCCGGCCUGGUGGAGCCGCCACGGCUGCUGUCCUCCCCGCACAGUGCCUCGGUGCUCAAGAUCAAGACAGAGAUCUCGGAACCCAUCAACUUCGACAACGACAGCAGCAUCUGGAACUACCCGCCCAACCGGGAGAUCUCCAGGAACGAGUCCCCCUACAGCAUGACCAAGCCCCCCAACUCCGAGCACUUCCCGUCCCCGCAGGGUGGCGGUGGCGGCGGGGGUGGCAGCGGAGCUGGCGGUGGGGCUGGCGGUGGCAGCGGGGGACUGCACGUGGCCAUCCCGGACUCAGUCCUCACCCCUCCGGGCACCGACGGCGCAGCCGCCCGCAAGACUCAAUUUGGCGCCUCUGCCACCACCGGCGGCGCUGCCACUGCGGCCUUGGCCCCGGUCACUUCCGACCCGCUAUCGCCCCCGCUGUCGGCGUCCCCGCGGGACAAGCACCCAGGCGGGGGUGGCAGUGGUGGCGGCAGCAAUGGGGGUGGCAGCGGUAGUGGUGGUGGUGGUGGUGGCGGCCCCGGCGCAUCCAACUCCUUGCUGUACACUGGGGACCUGGAGGCGCUGCAGAGGUUGCAGGCGGGCAACGUAGUGCUGCCGCUGGUGCACCGGGUGACCGGGACCCUGGCCGCCACCAGCACAGCUGCGCAGAGGGUCUACACCACAGGCACCAUCCGCUACGCUCCCGCCGAGGUGACCCUGGCCAUGCAGGGCAACCUGCUGCCUAACGCGCACGCUGUUAACUUCGUGGACGUUAACAGCCCCGGCUUCGGCCUUGACCCCAAGACGCCCAUGGAGAUGCUCUACCAUCACGUGCACCGGCUCAACAUGUCAGGACCGUUCGGCAGCGCGGGAGGCGCAGCCGGCCUCACGCAGAUGCCCGGCGGCAACGUGUUCACCACCGCCGAGGGACUCUUCUCCACGCUGCCCUUCCCCGUGUACAGCAACGGCAUCCACGCGGCACAGACUCUGGAGCGCAAGGAGGACUGA